CCCAGAUGCUAUCAGAACACGAGUGGAUAGUUGAAGAUCGCAAAUUCUUCGGACAGCCCAACACUGGUUAUGAUUUCACUGCUAAUGAUCCUGUGGAAGCUGGACGCAAGAUCACCAAACUGGAAGAACUCAAGGCUAAAUUGUCCAAGAAUGUGAACAUGAGAGCCAUGAACAUGUUGGGGAAAGCUGAAGAACAGUACAAUGAUUUGAUGAGGAAAAAACGAAUUGUAGAGAAUGACAAGGCCAAAAUUGAGAAGGUCAUUCGUGAGUUGGACGAGAAGAAAAAGGAAGCUCUGAGGCAGGCGUGGGAACAG